AUGAUAGGGCAAAGUGUUUAUGGCGUUACUGAAGGUUCAAUUGAUGCUGAGUAUUUUAUAACUGUAAUGAUUGGCAACAAUGGCUCUCUACUCCGGGGCAUAGUCUUCCUACAGGGGAAUAUCAUUCCUAUCAUAGCUGCAAAUGAUGUUGCUCCACAGGCUAAGAUGUAUCUCACAAUUUCAGAAAUGGAGUAUCAAAAUCAGGUUAAUGCCAUUGAAAUCAUCCCCCGAUCGAAAACAGUAGUCAUGCCUAAUCCCAAGGAUGUGAAAAGACAGUAUAUAGAUAUAUUCCCAAUUGUACCAUGUGAGCCUCCGUCCAGCAUGCCAAGAAAAAGUUCAAGUUCUUCAUUGGGAAAAACGAUCCCCAUUGAAAAUGCCCCAAGCAAAGAUGAAGACGGUUCACUGAUUGUACUAGGAUCUAGAGACAACCACGUGCCAUUGAAACUGGAGUUUGGAGAAUCGACACUGGGAGGAAGACUUUACUAG